CUUCUCUCUCUCUCUUUCUUUCUUUCUUACCAAAACUCCCCCAUAUCUCUGCUUUCUCUCUCUCUCUGUGUUUAACUUUUCCCAUCACUCUCUGCGUUUUUCCCCUCUCUCAUGGUUCCCCAAUAAAACCCUAAUUUUUUAUCCCACUCUCACUCCGCAGAGGUCAGAGAAUUUUGAAGGAGAAAACUGGGAAUUUAGGGUAGGGAUUUAUGUCCUUCAAUCAAUCAAGGUCGGAUAAGAACGAGACGCAGUAUCGUAGAACAGGGCGAUCCGCGAGCUCCAAUCAGCAGAACAGGGGAUACUCACCCGCUUACCCUAAGGGCGCCGGCGCCGCUGGGCCCGCCCCUUCCCUCUCCUCCAACCGCAGCUUCAAGAAGACUAACAACAAUGCACAAGGAGGGCAACCUAGGGGGAAUGUAGCCAGUGUAAAUCCGUCGGAUCCUGGGAGUGCUUCUACACCUCGCGGCGGUGUACCGAAUGGCGCCCAUGUACAGCCGCAAUUUCACGGAGCCUCGGAGACAACUGUUACAAGCACAGCUCCCAAGCAAACAGAACCAUCAGUUGCACAGAGAAGCUCUCGAGCUGUUCCGAAGGCUCCAGCUUCUCAGUCUGCCUCCGUGAAUUCUGACUCAAGAGGGCCCAAUACUCCUGUGAAGGUCCCAGGAGAUGCGUCUAAGGGAUUUUCCUUUCAGUUCGGGUCCAUAAGUCCUGGUUUGAUGAAUGGGAUGCAGAUUCCUGCUCGAACCAGCUCGGCUCCCCCAAAUUUGGAUGAGCAGAAGCGCGAUCAGGCACGGCAUGAGUCCUUUAGACCUGCACCGUCAUUGCCGACCCCUUCUGUUCCUAAGCAGCAGCUACCAAGGAAAGAUCAACCUUCUGUCGACCAAUCUAGAGCUGCUGAGGCUCAUCUGCAACCCAAGACCAAAAAGGAUGUGCAAGUCUCACCUACACCCCCUGCUAGCCAAACUCAGAAACCUUCUGGUCCUCCAAUUCCUGGGAUCUCUAUGCCAAUGCCAUUUCAUCAGCCACAGGUUUCUCUGCAGUUUGGUGGCCCCAACCAGCAGAUUCAGUCACAGGGUAUGACUGCCAAUUCACUCCAAAUGCCCGUGCCAAUUCCACUACCAAUAGGUAGCUCUCAAGUACAGCAGUCAGUGUUCGUUUCAGGUUUACAACCCCAUCCCAUGCAGCCUCCUGGAAUUAUGCAUCAGGGCCAGAGCCUGGGUUUUACCCCUCAAAUGGGUCCUCAGCUGCCUCAGUUGAACAACUUGGGGAUUGGUAUAGGUGCACAAUACCCCCAACAGCAAGGUGGAAAGUUUGCAGGCCCUCGUAAAACUCCUGUCAAGAUUACACAUCCAGAUACACAUGAAGAGUUGAGGCUUGAUAAACGGGCAGAUUCAUAUCCAGAUGGUGGCUCAUCAGCCGCCAGGACUCACCCCAAUGUUUCUCAAUCCCAGCCCAUGCCUUCGUUUGCGAGUUCUCAUCCUACAAGCUAUUAUACCAAUUCUUACAAUCCUAAUCCCCUGUUUUUUCCAUCUCCGAAUUCGCAUCCUUUAGCAAGUAGUCACAUGCCACCCAAUUCACAAGCACCACGAUUUAGCUACCCAGUGAGCCAGGGUCCACCCCAAAGUAUGCCUUUCAUGAAUCCUUCAGCUCACCCACCUAACCUGGAACAUGCACGGGAUGUUCAUAAUAAAAUUGCCUCUGUUCCAUCCGCAGCUAUUCCUGUUACUGUUAAACCAGCUGUCGACUCAUCGCCAAACAGCACAGCUUCUGUUGAAAAAAGUGAAUUCUCAAAGCCUUCAAGGCCAGCUGGAGAAGUUAUCUCAUCUCAUCCUCAAAGGUUUCCUGGCAGUGAUCCAUCAGUUAACAAAUCAUUGCCAGUAGUGGCAAAAGUAUCUGCAGGUGUGCCGGCAUCAGUUAUCUCAUCUCCCUCUGUUGAAAGCCAAGUUUCAAGUUCUUUAUCCUCUACUUCAGUUGCCCCAGCUGAGGAGUCUGUACCAGUUGUAACCGCCACUGAAGUCAGAAAAAAGGAAUCCCUUAGUCGGUCAAACUCAAUUAAAGAUCAGCAGAAGAAACCAGGCAAGAAAGGGAAUGUUCAACCACAGCAUCAGGUCGUUGGGCAAUCUAGUACCACAUCAAGCCUUCCUUCUCGGGCUUCAGAACAUGCCAUAUCAUCUAGUAUUGGUGCUUCUGAACCUGUAGAGGGUAAUACAGCUCCUGUUCCAGAAAGUAUUGAAUCUGUGCCAGAAUUGGCCAGGGAAUCACUAUCAAAUGUUAGUUCAGCCACUGCUGAUGUUUCUGACUCAAAGGCUGAAGCAGUUCGAGAAGGCGCCAACUCCUCCUCUUCUGAAAUCAGUACUGGGGUUUCUGUCAAUACUGCUGAUGUUGUUCAUCAAAGUCAAACAGGGAAUUCUUCACUGCUGGAUGAACGAGGGAAAGAGGAAUUGGUGGGAGCAGAAAAACAGUCGGAAGAAAAUUUGCCUGAAGGAUACAAACAAGAUGCUAAUAGUCCUAGUAUUUCUUCAGAAUCUACCUCUGUGAAAAGUCUGGAAUCUGUUAACAAAGCAGCAGAGCACUCUGUUGCAAAGGAAACCACUGAAGGCAAUGUUAUUGGAACUUCUGAAACUGCACAAGGAGGCAAAGAUCAACAUGUCAGGAGCAAUUCAGAAUUAGAUGGGAUGGAUGCAUCUUCAAGCAGAAGUGAUAGCAUGGGUAAUAAUGAAGUAGCUUCCUCAAAACCUAGUAGACCAGAUCAGCCCUCUGCUCCUUUUCAAGCCACAGAAUUUUCAGGUACUACUUCAAAGCAUGAAGGGGAAAGUGUGGAUAAUACUGUUGGUGGGGGAAAUAUUGAGAAUAUUGUUAGUGGUGGUGAUUCACUUACAGUGUCAGGUUCCAAGGAUAAACCCCUUCCCGAACUGAGUAGAACUAAGAGUACUAUUGCAAAAGGGGGGAAGAAGAAAAGAAAAGAAAUUCUUUCUAAGGCUGAUGCUGCUGGGGUAACCUCUGAUUUAUAUGGGGCUUAUAAGAACCCUGAAGACAAGAAAGAUGUAGCAUCUUCUGAAAGUGCUGAGAGCACUUCUACUAGCAUAUUAUCAAAGCAGGAAGCUGCUGAUUCUACUCAGCAAGUUUCUGCAGUCAGAGAUGAAGGUGCACCGAGUAAAGCUGAGCCCGAUGAUUGGGAAGAUGCUGCUGACAUCUCUACACCGAAACUGGAAACCUCAGAUAGUGGAGAACAGGCCUGUGGUGACAUAGAUGGGAGUGGACAUGGGGCAAAGAAGUAUUCCAGAGAUUUUCUUCUGAAAUUUUCAAUGCAGUUUUCUGACCUACCAGAGGGUUUUGAGAUUACGUCUGAUAUGUCAGAAAUCUUGAAUGUCAAUGUGAAUGCCUGUGCUUCUGUCGAUUAUGAUUCAAUCCCAAGUCCUGGAAGAAUUAUUGACAGGCCAGGAGGGGCAGGAAGACUUGAUCGACGUGGAAGUGGAUUGAAUGAAGAUGAUAGAUGGAACAAAGGCAGUAAUGCCAAUUUCCGCCCUGUCCAAGGAAAUUUUGGUGUUCUGAGAAGUCCAGGUCCACGGGGACAAGUUCAGCAUGUUAGAGGGAUCCUACCUGGGCCAAUUGCAGGUUCUCAGGGAGGGAUGCAAAGAAAUAAUCCUGAUGCUGACAGGUGGCAGAGAGCUACAAAUUUUCAACCAAAGGGGUUGAUGCCUUCACCUCAGACUCCAUUACAGGUGAUGCACAAAGCUGAGAGGAAGUAUGAAAUAGGUAAAGUGAGUGAUGAAGAACAGGCCAAGCAAAGGCAGUUGAAGGCUAUAUUAAACAAGCUGACUCCCCAGAAUUUUGAAAAACUGUUUGAGCAAGUAAAAGCUGUUAAUAUUGAUAAUGCCACAACACUGACCGGGGUAAUCUCUCAAAUCUUUGAUAAGGCUUUAAUGGAGCCUACUUUCUGUGAGAUGUAUGCAAACUUCUGUUUUUAUCUUGCCGCGGAGUUGCCUGAUUUCAGUGAAGACAAUGAAAAGAUAACCUUUAAGAGGUUGCUUUUGAACAAGUGUCAGGAGGAAUUUGAGAGGGGAGAGAGAGAACAAGAGGAAGCCAAUAAGGCUGAUGAGGAGGGUGAAGUGAAACAGUCUGAAGAAGAAAGAGAAGAGAAAAGAAUUAAAGCACGGAGACGAAUGUUGGGUAACAUUAGAUUAAUUGGGGAGUUAUACAAGAAGAAAAUGUUGACCGAGAGAAUAAUGCAUGAGUGCAUUAAAAAGUUGUUAGGUCAGCAGCAGACUCCAGAUGAGGAAGAUAUUGAAGCUUUGUGCAAACUAAUGAGCACAAUUGGGGAGAUGAUUGAUCAUCCGAAAGCCAAGGAGCACAUGGAUGCAUAUUUUGAGAGGAUGAAAAGUCUAUCGAAUAACAUGAAACUAUCUUCUAGGGUUAGGUUCAUGUUGAAGGAUACAAUUGAUCUGCGCAAGAAUAAAUGGCAGCAGAGGAGGAAAGUUGAAGGACCAAAAAAAAUCGAGGAAGUGCACAGAGAUGCUGCACAAGAGCGACAGGCACAAGCUAGUAGGCUGGGCCGUGGUCCAGGUAUGAAUCCAUCAGCUAGAAGGGGCCCCCCCAUGGAAUUUAGUCCAAGAGGGUCGACUAUGUUAUCUCCAUCAAAUGCACAAAUGGGUGGUUUCCGUGGGAUGCCCACUCCGGCUCGUGGUUUUGGAAGUCAGGAUGCCCGUGCAGAUGUCCGUGUAGACGAAAGACAUUCUUAUGAGGGUAGGACCUUGUCAGCCUUGACACAAAGACCUAUGGGUGAUGAUUCCAUUACUUUGGGUCCCCAGGGUGGUCUUGCCAGAGGAAUGUCUGUCAGAGGACCACCUUCAAUGUCAGCUGCUCUCCCUGAGAUAUCUCCUAAUCCUGGAGACUCCAGGAGGAUGACAGCUGGUUUGAAUGGUUUUAGUUCCCUCUCAGAGCGGGGAACUUACAACCCUAGGGAGGAUCUAAUGCCAAGAUUUGUGCCGCCCGAUAGAUUUGGAGGUCCAGCUGCUUAUGAUCAGUCAAGUGCCCCAGAGCGUAAUAUAAAUUUUGGUGGUAGGGACCCAAGGAGUUCAGAUCGUAGUUUCGAAAGAUCUCUGACUACACCAUCCACACGUACACAGGGGGCAGCUUUAACUCAAAAUGUUCCUUCAGAAAAGUCGGAAGAACAUCUUAGAGAUAUGUCGUUGGGAGCAAUUAAGGAAUUUUACAGUGCCCGAGACGAGAAGGAAGUUGUUCUAUGCAUCAAAGACUUGAACUCACCAAGCUUCCAUCCAACAAUGAUAUCUCUUUGGGUCACAGACUCUUUUGAGAGGAAGGACGGAGAGAGAGAUCUCUUCGCAAAGCUUCUAGUUAAUCUUACCAAGUCCCAGGAUGGAACUUUGAGUCAGUCCCAGCUCAUCAAAGGGUUUGAAAAUGUUCUCUCCACCUUGGAGGAUGCCGUGAAUGAUGCCCCUAGAGCACCAGAGUUUCUUGCCCGGAUAUUUGCCAAAGGCAUUUUAGAAAAUGUAGUUUCGUUGAAUCAAAUUGGGCAAUUAAUACGUGAAGGUGGAGAGGAGCCAGGACGACUUCUGGAAGUUGGGCUUGCAGGCAAUGUUCUUGGAAAUAUCUUGGAGAUUAUCAAAUCAGAGAAAGGAGAGAGUGUUCUCAAUGAGAUUCGUACAUCCUCCAACUUGCGGUUGGAGAAUUUCCGGCCUCCAGAUCCUCUCAAAUCAAGGACACUAGAGAAAUUUCUUUAGACAUAGUGAUGCUCAUUGUAAUCGUUUGGAAAGAAAGAAAAAAAUUCAUGGGGCCAGUGCUCUUAGGUUGCGUAAUGAAUUUGCAAAAAGUAUUUUUCCAGGUGGGUGGUGGGAAAUUUAUGUAUGGGGUUUGUAGUUGGCAUUCUCCAUGUUUCAAUGUUAUUUAUUAAAACAUUACUGCAGUUAUGGAAGGUUCAAUUGAGCAUCAUUUUUUAA